AUGAGAUUCUCGCAUACGCUUCAACUUAAUGCAGUGCCUGAAUGGAUUGACAAUUACGUCAACUAUGAUACCUUGAAGAAAUUAAUCUUUCAGUUAGAGAAAGAACGUGUAGAAGACAUGAAUGCUGGACAAGACCCAGAAAAGGCUUUGGAACGAAGAGAAGAUGGAGAAGCAAGAUUUUUGACAGCUCUUGACGUUCAACUGGAGAAAGUAUUUAGUUUCUACACACAAAAAGAAUCCGAACUCUAUAGCAUGCUUGACCAAAUUGAAUCCGAGUCUGCAAAGGAGCAAUUUGACAACUACAACAAUAACGAAGGAACCUUCCACAAAACUGGUCUUUCUCCCUUGGAAAAUCUUGACUCUACACAUCAUCUCCCCAAUGCUAUUCCGGAUAAAAAUGGUCUUCACUAUCCCGAAGAAAAGCUUGACCAUAUUACAUCUCACCGUCGCAAUUCUAAAUCUUCCCGUCUGUCCCGUUUGGAGUCUCGACAAUCGUUUGAAUCACGCAUGUCUAUGGAUCAUCAUGAUCAAAUCUUGGUCGAACAACUAAGUGAUUUACGCUCUCAACUUAUCUUACUUUAUAUCUCACUAUCUGAACUGGAAUCCUAUGUUGAACUCAACCGUACUGCAUUUGAAAAGAUUCUUAAGAAGCACGACAAAGUUCUAGAACGUAACUUGAAGUCUCAAUAUAUCAACAAGAUGGUCAAAGAUAGUAGACCUUUCAUGACUGAAACAAUGGAUGUCCUUAAGAGUCAAAUUACCCGUGUCGAAACUAUCUUUGCCAACACUUUUUGUAGUGGUAACCGCAAUAUUGCUCUUCGUCAAAUGAAGAGCCAUCUUCGAGACCAAGUGACAUUUGAACGAAAUACAGUAUGGAAAGACAUGGUUCGCCAGGAACGUAAAGCCCAUGGUACCAAAAUCAUCGAACCCAAGGUUGAAAACACAUUCAAGAUUCCCUUUACAAAUUCCAAAGUAAGCACUGGCUUAGUCCGUCAACUUUGUUGCUUUUUGCUUGCUAUUGUUGCUUUUAUUAUCUUAUUGUGUGUCGAUUGCUUCAACAACAAACAAGAAAACUACUGUUUCGCUUUAUUGAUCUUUGCUGCUAUCAUGUGGGCUACUGAAGCUAUUCCUCUUUAUGCUACUUCUUGCAUGAUUCCCUUCUUGAUUGUACCCCUACAAAUUAUGCGUGAAGAUGACGGAACUGUAAUGACCGCUAAAGCUGCUUCUAAAGCAGUGUUUGCCUCUAUGUUUAGUGGCACUAUUAUGAUGCUUCUUGGUGGUUUUGCUCUCGCUGCUGCUCUUUCAAAGUAUGGUAUUGCCAAGGCAUUUGCCUCUCAUGUGUUGAGUCGUGCUGGUACUCGCCCUAUGUGGGUCUUGUUGGCUAUUAUGUUUGUUUCUGGUUUUCUUAGUAUGUUUAUUUCUAACGUUGCUACUCCUGUUUUGUGCUUCUCUUUGAUUGAUCCUAUUCUUCGUACUUUACCUGACAAGUCCCGCGUAGCACCUUGUUUGAUUCUUGGUAUUGCUCUCUCCAGUUGUAUUGGUGGUAUGACUUCUCCUAUUUCUUCUCCUCAAAACAUUGUUACUAUUCAAUACAUGAAUCCUAAUCCUGGUUGGGGUCUCUGGUUUGCUGCUGCAUUGCCUAUUUCCAUCUUGUCUUUGCUCUCUUGCUGGGGUCUUUUGUUGCUUGUCUACAGACCUGGUACUGACACUCCUCAUUUGAACAAGAUUAAGGCUACCCGAGAAAAAAUUACUUGGACUCAAGUUUUUGUUAUGCUUGUCACCAUCUUGACUAUUGCUCUCUGGUGUGCUGAAACUUCUAUUGAAUAUGCUAUUGGUGACACUGGUAUUAUUGCUGCCAUCCCUCUCUUUGUCUUUUUUGGCACUGGUAUUUUAAAUAAGGAUGACCUCAACAACUUUUUAUGGUCUGUUGUUGUCCUCGCCCAAGGUGGUAUGGCACUUGGUAAGGCUGUUACAUCAUCUGGGUUAUUACAAGAUAUUGCUGUACGUAUUAAGGAUGGUAUUCAAGAUUUACAAGUCAUUGCUAUCUUGGCUAUCUUUUGUUUGCUCAUCUUGGUAUUCGCUACCUUUGUCUCUCAUACUGUUGCUGCUUUGAUCAUUAUUCCUAUCGUACAAGAAGUUGGUCAACACUUGCCUGUGCCUCAUCCUAACUUGUUGGUGAUGGGUGCUGGUUUGGCUUGUUCUGCUGGUAUGGGUCUUCCUGUUUCAGGUUAUCCUAAUAUGUCCGCUAUUAUGCUUGAAGAUCUUUCUGGAAGACCUUACUUAACUACCAAAGACUUUAUUAUCACUGGUGUACCUACCAGUAUAAUUUGUACUGCAUUAGUCUUUACUCUUGGCUAUGGUAUCAUGUCUGGCAUUGGGUACUAA